UCACAUUUUGGUUUAUCUUUUUUUUGGUUAGUUGACCUGAGAACUAAAAAGCAGCGUCCGGCGAUGCUACCACCGGUGGAGAGUCUUCCAAUCACGGCGGAAGAGAGACAUCUUUCUUUAGGUGACGUUAUCUCUCUUUCGAUGCAAAAUCUAAUAGCGUUUGUUUCUAGUCAACGUCCAUGGUUGGAGUUUCUAGCAUUAGGUUCUGUGGACCGUCCUACCUCUUUCUCUUCCGCGGUCUCGCGCUCAAAAGUCAACCUUCGCCAUUUCGUGGUUAACUACUCUCUCGUGACCGCCGCUUCGGUCAUACUCUUCUUGGUUAGUGAUCCGACGGCUCUUAUCACCGUUGCCUCUUUUGCUAUCAUGUGGUUGCUCUUGUGCUUUUGUAGGGACCAUCCUUUGGUCUUGUAUGGUCGACAAGUUAGUGACCGGGUGAUCUUCUUUGGAUUGAUCGUCGGCUCGCUUUGGGGGUUGUGGCUCACGCAUUGCUUCUUGAGUCUGUUUCUUGGGGUCGUGACAGGUGUCUUGCUUUGUUUGGUACAUGCCGUUAUACGUAAUCCAGGCGACCUCUUUGUACAAGAAGAAGUUGUUGCUCCUUCGAAUUUUCUACAUUGGAGCUGACAAAAUUUGUGCUUAUGUUCACUUUUGUACUACGUAUACUUUUUGGUUGGUGUACUGUAAUCUAUUUGAUCUUUUUUUUUUGUCACUGUGUGUAAUCUAUUUGAUCAUAUGAAAUAAACCAUAAUUUCUAUGAA